AUGCCUUCUUUCAUAUAUCAUUAUCAAUGUAACCUCCUGCCUAUAUUCUUUAUCUGCAUUGUAUUUACUAUUUUAAUAAUUCUUUUAUUUUGUCUUUUUCUUUUGUGUUCUUCUGUUGCAUUUAUUAUUCUAUCUUUCUUCUUCUUUUUUUUUCUUCUUCUUCUUUUCUUCUUCUUUUCUUCUUCUUCUUCUUCUAUUGCAUUUAUAAUCUCAUUUUUUCUUUCCCCUUCUUUUAUUUUAUAUUUCAUUUUCCAUUUAGUAUUGUAUCAUUCUUCUGUUUCUUUCUCUGUUCUGUUCUGUUCUUCUAUCACAUUUAUUUUUCAAUCAGUUUCGGAUCAUUUUUCUUCUUCAUUUUUCACCUUCAUUUUCUUCUUCUAUAUCAUUUACUUUAUCACCCUUCUUUUUGUCUUCUUAUGUCGUAUUUAUAUUUCAACCGCGUUUGAUGUUUUUCUUUCUUUUAAUAAUUUUCAUUCAUUCAUUCUUCUUUUUCUUCACCUUCCUUUUCUUCAUCAACAUCAUCUUCUUCUUCUUCUUCUUCUUCUUCUUCUUUUUUUUUUAUUGCAUUUCCUAUACAUAUUGACUUCACACAAAAAAUGUAAUCCUUCUUAUAGUAUUGCCCAUUGGGAGAAUAAAAAUAUUUUCUGUGUUCCCGCACCUGCUGCUUGUGUCUUUCUAUUCUUCACCACUUCUCCGACAAAACACAAGAUCCCCUUAAUAUUGCUCCCUCAUCAGGAGUCAACAUGGCGCCCAAAGGCAUUCCUCGGAUUAAAUUUGUUAUUUAUCUGUCUACGCACGUCUGUCUUUCUCUUUCAUUUUUUAUCAAAUUUACCCUCUUUCUUUCUUUCUUUCUUUCUUUCUUUCUUUCUUUCUUUCUUUCUUUCUUUCUUACGUUUUCUCGCUUGGUUAGUUUAUUUCUUAUUCAAUCGUCUGUAUUGUUUUCACACUUUCUUUAACUUACUACCAAUUUUUCAUUUUCUCUUGUUCUCAUACUUUCUCCUUUUAUUUCUUUCUUGUCCAACGACUGUUUCUUUUCACUCUUUCUUACUUCAUUCAUUCCUUUUUUCUUUACAUUAUCUAUCUAUCUAUCUAUCUAUCUAUCUAUCUAUCUAUCUAUCUAUCUAUCUAUCUAUCUAUCUCAGACUUUUUAUGAUCUAUCUCUCUAUCUAUCUCAGACUUUUUCUGAUCUAUCUAUCUAUCUAUCUAUCUAUCUAUCUAUCUAUCUAUCUAUCUAUCUAUCUCAGACCUUUUCUGAUCUAUCUAUCUAUCUAUCUAUCUAUCUAUCUAUCUAUCUAUCUAUCUAUCUAUCUAUCUAUCUUUUUUGUCAUGCGUUCUUCCGUCUCUACUAGAUUUGUCUCUCUCUUUCCGGAUACCUAUACAAAAUUUUAA